UGUCUAAAAUCCAAGACAGAGAGAGCCAAUUGAUUUCCACUCUUAGUUUUUCCUUCUAAAACCAAAAAUAAAAAGAAAAAAAAUCCUUCUCUUCUUCGAAGCAGCUGCUGCUGCAACGUGAAAAGCAGUCGCGAAUCUGUGCAUGUUGCGUAGGAUAUCUUUAAAGCGCAAUCCGGCUUACGUUAGCACCACGAGUUCCCACGCUACUGCCACAAGAUUUUGUUCCCUCCGAGAAGUUUUACAGCAGAUCCGAUCCUCUUCGUGCUCCGGGGGUGCGCACGCUUCUUAUCCUCCACCCCCUACCCUAUAAAACCCCCAACAGCAUCCGUGAUACGCGCCGCUUGCUUCCUAUCCAAUGGCUACUAAGCUUCUCCUCAUGUUCGCCAUCUGUCGCUUGAUCUCCACCGUCGGUUUGACGCUCGACCCCAUCGAGCUCCUCCGGCUCAGCGUAUCCGGUCGGCUUAGCCUUGACCCAGUCGAUAUCGAGACAGCUUCUCUCGAUUUCGGACGCUUGAACAGAGUCAAGCCGUUAGCCGUUCUCAAUCCGGCGUCUGUUGAUGACAUCGUCGGCUUGGUUCAAUCAGCUUACGGCUCGGCUCGAGGGUUUACGGUCUCGGCAAGGGGCCACGGACACUCGAUCAACGGUCAGGCGCAAGCGGUGGAUGGGGUGGUGGUUGAGAUGAACGGCUUGAAAGGGAGCCAGCUCAGCAUUGGGGCGGGAGGUUCGUAUGUGGACGCGUGGGGUGGGGAGCUUUGGAUAGAUGUGUUGAGGUUUACGAUUGAACAUGGGCUCGCUCCUCGGUCGUGGACCGAUUAUUUGUAUCUGACCGUUGGUGGGACCCUCUCCAAUGCUGGGAUUAGUGGCCAGGCGUUCAAUCACGGCCCUCAAAUAAGCAAUGUCUAUGAACUCGAUGUUAUAACAGGCAAGGGAGACCAUGUGACGUGCUCAAAGGAGCAAAACUCGGAGCUGUUUCAUAGCGUGUUGGGCGGUCUAGGACAGUUUGGAAUCAUAACAAGGGCUAGGAUCGCUCUAGAGCCGGCUCCACAAAGGGUGAGGUGGAUUCGGGUCUUGUAUUCGGAUUUCUCGGCUUUCACUAGAGACCAAGAGUAUCUAAUCUCACUACAAGGAGAACCAGCCAGCCAGAGAUUCGACUACAUUGAAGGUUUCGUUAUUGUAGAUGAAGGGCUCAUCAAUAACUGGAGAUCUUCCUUUUUCUCCCCUCGCAACCCUAUCAAGAUCAGCUCCAUCGGAUCCAACGGUAGUGUUCUCUAUUGCCUGGAAAUAACAAAGAACUACGACGAUUCAACCGCCACCACCGUCGAUCAGGAAGUAGAGGCAUUGCUGAAAAAGCUAGACUUCAUUCCAGUAUCUGUUUUCACAACAGAUCUGCCCUACUUGGAUUUCCUAGACCGGGUUCACAAGGCCGAAUUGAAACUCCGGUCCAAGGGUUUGUGGGAGGUCCCACACCCAUGGCUCAAUCUAUUCGUUCCCAAGUCACGAAUUGCCGAUUUCGAUGCAGGCGUCUUCAAGGGCAUUUUGGGAAACAAAACCAGUGGGCCCAUUCUCAUCUAUCCCAUGAACAAAAACAAGUGGGACGAAAGAAGCUCGGUUGUUACACCAGAUGAGGACAUAUUCUAUCUGGUGGGAUUGCUCCGCUCAGCCUUAGAUUCUGGAGAAGAGGCCCACUCCUUAGAACAUCUGAGCCGUCAAAACAAUCAGAUCCUCAGUUACUGCAAGGAGGCUGGUAUUGAAGUAAAACAGUACCUUCCACAUUACAAGAGCCAAGAGGAGUGGAAACAGCACUUUGGUGAUGAGAAAUGGAGUAGGUUUUUGAAGAGGAAGGUGGAGUUCGACCCCCGGCGUAUUUUAGCACCGGGGCAGGGAAUAUUCCGGUCUUCGACGUUUCCUUCGUUUGCUUCGUUUUCAUGAUGAAGAGAGAACAGAGCACUAAAACGCGUAUAGAAGUAAAUGCAAGUUGUACAGUUAGAGAGAGAGAGAGAGAGAGAGAGAGAGAGAGAGAGAGAGAGAGAGAGAGAGAGAGAGAGAUGAAAGAAGCUUUUUGGUUUCUUCUACUUUUUUGUUGGGUGGUAUGGGUUUUUGCAAGAAGCUGUGAUUGGUGGGCCGGGCGUUGCUUUCUUUUGCAUUUGGCUGAGAGAGAGAGAGAGAGAGAGAGAGAGAGAGAGAGAGAGAGAGAGGUGGGUGCACAUGUCUCGUUGAAACAGUAAGGGAGGGAGCGCCCGUGAUUCCGACCGAGUAACCAUUGCACCAGAUAGCUUGUCUCUUCUCUGGCCAAACAGCUUGUUCCAACCUGGAUAGGGGCAUUUCACUAUUUUGCCCUUCAUUUUCCAUCGCUGCUGUCUCCAACCUGUAAAUUACCGUCCGUUUCCAUCUGUAAUUAUUAUUAUUAUUAAUAUCAUUAUUUUUCUGUUUUCAGGUUCAAAAUAUCAGAAUAUAUCGGAUUUUAAUAGCUAUGUUUCCCGAUAAA